AUGGAAGAGAUUUUCAUCUUUCUGUUGAAUUUGUAUUUAGUCUGCAGUGUCCAAGCCAUUCGAGAGAGUAUCCCUAUGAAGAGCUUGAGCUGCCACAAUGACUACAACUCACAGGUGACCUGCACAUGGAUGGAGCAUUCAGAGGCUCAUGCCCUUGUUGGUAUGAUUCUUUACCAAAAGGAUAAUAUUCUAAUGGAGGAAUACAACAAGAUGCUUUGCAAACGCCAGCGAGAAAAUGACUUGCAGGAGGCUCCAGAAUCCUUUGUGCACUGGAUUUGUCAUAACAGCACAAGCUUUCUUGGAAUAGCAACAGAGUAUGUUUACAGCUUCAAACCGAACCAGACGCUUCAAGCAGAACUAAAUGUCAAGCCUUUCCAAAACGUUCAGACCCUCCCACCUCAAAACCUCUCAGUCAGCUCAACAAGAUCAGGAGACUUCUUGCUGACAUGGAAAACAUCUGAUGGAAGCCAAGGGCUGGGCGAUGCACUCGACUAUGAAGUCUCUUACAAGCGGGAGUGGGAGUCCUGGGAGAAAGCCAUCUCACUCUUGCUCUCCAACACCACACACUGCCAUCUCAGCCACGAGGACCUUGUGCCAGGGAGCAGCUAUGUUGCUCGUGUGAGAGCCAGACCAGGUCAGGCCAGCAGCUUCUCUGGGCAGUUCAGCGAGUGGAGCACAGAGGCAUCGUGGGAGACCCCUGAAGGUGGCCUUCAGCCCAGGAACCUUCGCUGCCUCUUCAAUGGUGUGGAUCGAUUAACAUGCAGCUGGGAAGUGAAGAAAGCAAUCACCACUUCAGUCCUCUUUGGCUUGUUCUUCAGGGCCACUCCUGCUUCAGUAGAAGAGGAGUGCUCACCUGUGCAUGAGAAGACUUUGCACCAGGUGCCAUAUGUAAUCCAGAGUUGUGAGAUCCCUGUUAACAACUCCAGCAGUCAGAGCCAGUACCAUGUGUCUGUCCGAGUCAAGACAGAGGAGAAAAGGAUUAUAGCCUGCAAGAACAUUAAGGUGCUGCCACCUGCAAAUGUGUCAGUAACAGUGAUGGAGAACCAAGAGUAUGAACUGAGCUGGAUAAAACACACUCUGAAUUAUAACAUCAUAAAACAGAGAUAUGAAGUUGAGUACUGGAAAAACAAUCAAUAUGAAAAGACUGUCCAGAGGUUAAAUAUCAGCAAUGAUGAACCUCCCUUCAUCUUCACCCUGCAGAUGCUGGUACCAUCUACAGAAUACAGGGGGAAAAUGCGUGCAAGGGUGAACACACCUCCAGCCUAUGAUGGGCCUUGGAGUGAAUGGAGUGAGGAGUUCACCUGGAGGACUGAGAAUGUUCUGCCACCACUGCUUCUCCCAGUGAUGCUCCCUGCUCUCAUCAUCAUUUUGCUAAUAGCUGCUUAUUGCAGCUCCAAGUACUUACUCAGGAAAAAGAAAAUGUGGGAGGAAAAGAUUCCAAAUCCCAGCAAAAGUAUCCUGAUCCAGAGCUACCUGGGGAAAGCGCAUUUAGCAAACUGGUCAUCAAGCAGUCAGUUGGACUUCAACAAAUACAACCUUUCAGAGAAGAUGGAACAGGCUAGCUUCCUUCAAGUAGUGGACAGGCAGAGGAAUACUUUGGGAGAGUGCCCUGAAGGGCUGGUCAAACAGACAGAUGCUUCCCGUACUGCGCUGGACCUACAGAACUCAUACCACACUUUAAAUGAGCCAGAGCAUGCCCCACUUGUCUGCUCAAGUCAAAUUGCUGGUCAUACCAUUCUUGUUUCAAGGAAACACAGUGCCGAUGCACUUGUUGCUUCCCAGACAGCAAUCCCUUGCUUUGCUUUCAAUGGUCCAUACUUGUACAGCCCAGUGAUGUCCUCCCAGUCUGAUGAACAUCAGACCUCGGAAGUGGACCCAGCAGAAGUCUGUGAGAAAUCUGUUUCCAUUCAGUAUGUGACCCUCCCAAAGCAAGACUGUCCCCAGUCUCCACAGAAGAAGCCAGAACAGCCAGAUGUAGGUCCUCCACAAUGCUUCCUGCUCUUAGAUCAGAAGGAAAUGAUGCAGCACCAAGACAUUGAGGAAGAAGCCUCACCAGCCCCACCAGCCUGUGGGAAAGUCAUGAUCAUGAGAACCGAAGAGCAGAAAUCUCCACAGACUCUAAGCUGUAUUACAUCUUCUCAGGAAUGUCCCUUGGAGUACAUCACCACAGAGAGCCUGCUACUGCCAUCUGCCAGUGACUCACCCCCUCCACCACUUGUCACUGCCAGGGAGUUACCUUGUGACUCAGAGGAGCCCCAGCCCCCUAAUGACCACUCUUCCUGUGAGUUUUCUCCUGUGAAAACUGGUGUCACAGUCCCAGCUUCAGGUGGAGCACUAACCACUUCUGAAUUGCAUCUGAAUACAUUUGGAGAGUAUCUUACUGUCCCUUCAGCUCUCCAUGGACAUUUAGAACCCACAAAGACUUACUUGCCUGUCUUGCUGAAGGGAAACAAUCUGCCUAGAAAGCAACCUUUGUCAGAGGGUGACUUGGUGGUCUUAAACCCCCACAGCACUGAGCCAGUUUUCCUUCGCCAGGUUGGUGACUAUUGCUUCCGCAGCCUAAAAUCUGGUGUAAGGAUGGAUGUUAGUCAGGAAGACUACCAAGACAAGAAACCUUCUGAAGGCAAGACAACACCUGGGAAGCCUGUAUCUGAUGAUGAAUCCAUCACUGGCAAGGAAAAAGAUGUAUCAAAAAUGCAGGCUAUUCAGCUUUUCAAAAACUUGAAAUCAGAUGAUUACUUUUCCUGGCAGCAAUCUUUGAGGAUCACAGAAAUUAGUUAA